AUGUCGCCCAGCGUUCGGAAGCCAGUUGCGGCGGAGUUGCAGACAGGGAGGGAUGUGCCCCUUCCCCCCGCCCCACCGCCAGUUGCAGACAGGGAUGUGCCCCUUCCCCCCCCCUUGGGGGGGGUCGGCCCCCCCCACCCCCCCCAUGAGGACGAGAUAGAUGGGGACCCGCCCCCCACCGCCAUGAGGACGAGCCGCUGCAGUCACCUGCCGGGAGUCCCACCGGAGCGCCCGCGCCCUCUGGCACCCGAAGGCAAGACCCUGCCCGGUGGCAGUGGCGGCGGCCUAGCCGGCAGCUGCCCGCAGUAUGUCAUGCAGGUGUCGGCCAAAGAUGGGCAGCUGCUCUCCUCCGUCGUGCGGACACUCGCCACGCAGAGCAGCCCCUUCAAUGACCGGCCAAUGUGCAGGAUCUGCCAUGAGGGCAGCAGUCAGGAAGACCUGCUUUCCCCCUGUGAAUGUACGGGGACCCUGGGGACUAUUCACCGCAGCUGCCUGGAGCACUGGGAGUCGUCUUCAAACACCAGCUACUGUGAACUCUGCCACUUCAGGUUUGCAGUGGAGCGCAAACCCAGGCCAUUGAUGGAG